AUGACUGGUGCCUGCUCACGGGAGUUGGCGCAGUCUUUGCACCACGGUCUCCCGCCAGGCACGAUUCCUUCAGGGCUUCUUGUUGCGAACGCAGCAAAGGCCGAGAGUCUGGAAGAUCUCGUUCGUGAAGUCGACUUAGUUCAUCGGAGUCCUGUCGUUUUCACAGUGUCUCAGCCUCAACGGUUCCCGCAGCUUCUGACUGCGUCGCCCAGCGAGGGCUUCGCAAAAUGGACAGCUCCGACAGGGAGAGAACCAUCUGGACAGUUUCUCAUGGAAUUUGACCGCGUCAUCUGCGUUCCAGGCCAAGGAGUUGGACUCCACCGCCCAUGCGAGACAUAUGAGGGUCAACCUUGGCAUCGGCACCCUGUGCAUGUGAGAAUGCUCCAGCGCGGGCUCGGCCUGCUCGGGCCUGGUGGACGACUGGUUUUCGUGGCACUUGCCCAGCACCCAGUCGAGAACGAGGCAGUCAUAGCUGCAGCCUUGAGCAGGUAUGGUCCGUCUGUGCAAAUAGAAGAUGCUAGGUGGGAGCUUGCCUGCCCAUCGUCUUCGGGCUGCACCUCAUGGAGCAUACCCAACCCUAACACGGGAGAGGAGCCGUCCCAUUUCCUGUCAUGGGACGACGUCCCUCCCAAACUGCGGGGGGGAAAAGUUCUUCGCACUAUGUUUCCGCCGAGACACAGUGAGCCAAAUGGUCUCGAACUGGGCUCACAGCUAGCUCGCUGUUUGCGGCUGGGUGUGGGCCCAGGGCUCUUUUUGGCUGUCUUGGUCAAGGACUCAACAGCACCGAGGAUUUGUUCGUCGCCGUGUCCCGUGGAGGAAGACGAGCAGUCCGCCUUCCCACCGGGAAGCAACAUCAUGGUCAGAGCAUCAGGAGCCUUUGCAAGGGUAGUUGGACGUGGCAGUGGCCCCUAUGCAGGCUUAGUGAAGAUCAGAUACCCUGACAGGUCCACAUAUCAUUUGGAGGCGAGUGAGCUGCAACCUCUGUUGCAUCGACCCGCAGCUUCACCAGCUUUCACAUCGGCGUUUAAGCUCGCUUGCCUGGCUGUGACAACGAUGAGCACUCUGUUCUGUAUCAGUCGGUCGCGGCGCCCUCACACUAUCUUCCACCGGCUAAAGUGGCAUUCAGGGGCCCUUUUAAGUGCAUGUCUUGCCUUUGCUUGCAUGCGAAGUCGGCGGCACGGUGUAGGCAGUCCGGUCGUUGUGGACAAGUCACCAAUUCCUGGAUCUAGAAUCGUGAGGGGAUGUGCUAACGUGCCACAACCGGUGCAAUCCUUUUGCAGCUUUUUCGGUUGGGAUCUAUGCUGGGAGAAGUUCCGAGAUUGUCUGGCCUAUCGAACGGCAGAUAAGCGCGAUUUGUAUUUGGUGUCCGCAGCGGUCUUUCAACUUCGCGUUCCCGAACAGCUGCGUCAAGCCCUUUGUGGAAUGCCUGUCUUGACUAGGUGCGAUGUGUUGGAAAAACGGUACUGGGGUACCGGCGACCUGAAGCCCAGAUCCACACUGACAGCCUUCCUCCGCAAGCAUGCAUCACGGCGGCGUCUCUUCUUUCAAGGCGCUCUGCUUCAGGAGAUCUUGGACGCAGGUCGCUUGUCGCUCCAAAAGGCCUGCGCGCUCGAAUCGCAAGGUCAGCUCGAAGGAUUGGACUCUUGCACCUCUGCGGGAAUCCUGCAACCUGGCUGCGUGCUAGUCUUACGCAGUGGAGCCGAUGACACCGAGAAUUCCGAGUGUUGGCUUGGCGUUCUGGGAUCCAGGCACCUGGAGAUACCAGAGGUACUGCAUGGUGCUAGCAGCUACAGUAGAUCGUCGCGUAGCACCCAGUGCCUUGCUUGUGACAUGGCUUUGGUUGCCCGUCGAAUCACGCGACCAGGCUGGACAUGGACAUUCCCGCUUCAGCAGGUCCGGUGGUGCUCUGCAGGUUCUAGCAGUGAUGUCCUCACAGCCAGUGCUGCGACGGAUGUGGCCCGCUUGGGCGGCGCUAUCGCCGCACGUCUUCGCCAGGUUGGCAGUGCAUCCAUUCGCUCCUUCGCAAUUCAUGCCGUGUGCAAACUCUGUUUUUGUUUUCUGUCAGCUGGUUUGCCCCAUUUUGUAGCCUCAGUCGCCUGCUUCUUGCUGAGGCUGCAUCGGUCCAAAAGCUGCGUACCGUAG